AUGCCCGGCCUCACUGCAACUGCUCCUUUUCCCGACGACGUCCCGACCCACCCGCUAUUUGUCAUCGACUAUGCUCUCCUCAUACAAGGCGACAAGCAGGAGAUCGCGAAACUGUGGAAAGCAGGCACCGAGCUCGGAUUCUGGUACCUGAAGAACCAUGGAGUCGAGCGUGAAGUUGACGGCAUGUUCGACAUGGGUGCAGAGACACUCGACCUGCCCCUGGAAGAGCUGAUGAGAUACGAGCAGGGCGACAACGGGGACUCCUUCGGAUACAAGGCCCGCGGGACGAUUCAGACAGACGCCAACGGCACCCGUGACAACGUCGAGUUCCUUAAUAUCGCACAAGACGACGUGCUCUCCUGGCCGAGAACCACACACCGCAUGUACCCCUCGACAGUCAAUGCACGCAUGGAGCGUACCAUCAUACCUUUCGUCCGCAAGUCUAUGGAGGUGAACUUGACGUUCCUAACCAUCUUCGAACGGCAACUCGGCCUGCCAAAGGGUGAGCUGUCAAAGCUGCAUUCUAUGGACGAGCCGUGCGGCAGCGAAGCACGCUGCAUCAAGACCCCUCCAAAUCAGUCUUCAACCGGUGUCGGUGCUCACACAGACUUCGGCACUAUUACAUUUCUGCAUAACCGUCUGGGUGGUUUGCAGGUGAUGCCACCAGGGACGCAGAAGUGGCUGUACAUUAAGCCACUUUCUGGCUAUGCCAUCUGCAACGUCGGUGACGCACUCGCAAUUUUUAGCGGCGGGAUUUUGCGGUCGAAUCUCCAUCGCGUCAUGCCUCCUCCAGGCGCUCAGUCGCGGUUCGAGAGAUAUUCCAUCGCCUUCUUCACGCGUCCAAGGGACUCCGUCGUGCUCCGCGCUCUGGGAGAAAAGAGCGAGCUGAUCGCAAAGGCUAUUGCAAUGGCUCCCGCGGCACAAUAUGAAACGGGGACAAGUUCGGCAGACUGGAUUUCAAGGAGAAUUAGGAAGCUCAGGCUGAAGAACAGACAGGGUCCUGAGACGUGGUACGCGAGCAUGGGUACGGAGCACGAGGGCAUUGGUCGUCGUGGUGGCGUUAUGCGAGCUCAGGCCGCCGCGUGA